CAAGGGCGGGACCGCGUAAACCUCUUUCCUCCCCCGCCAUUUGGACCAGUCCUUUCUUUCGAUUCUGUAUGAUUGGCAGGCACUGAGACCAAUAGUGAUUAGAAAACCUUGAAGCCUGCCGAAAGAUCGUGGGCAGGAGGCGGUUUCUCGAUUGUUGCGGCGCCUGUAUGUGUGUUUCGGGGGAUUAAGGGGCACGCGGGGGGCGAAACAGUACCGGCCAUGGCAGCAGCGGAGGAGGAGGACGGGGGCCCCGAAGGGCCAAACCGCGAGCGGGGCGGGGCGGGCGCGACCUUCGAAUGUAAUAUAUGUCUGGAGACUGCUCGGGAAGCUGUGGUCAGUGUGUGUGGCCACCUGUACUGUUGGCCCUGUCUCCAUCAGUGGCUGGAGGCACGGCCAGAGCGGCAAGAGUGCCCAGUGUGUAAAGCUGGGAUCAGCAGAGAAAAGGUUGUCCCCCUUUACGGGCGAGGGAGCCAGAAGCCCCGGGAUCCCAGAUUGAAAACCCCACCCCGCCCCCAGGGCCAGCGACCCGCUCCAGAGAGCAGAGGGGGAUUCCAGCCAUUUGGCGAUACUGGGGGCUUUCACUUCUCAUUUGGUGUUGGUGCUUUUCCCUUUGGCUUUUUCACCACCGUCUUCAAUACCCACGAGCCAUUCCGUCGGGGUACAGGUGUGGAUCUGGGACAGGGUCACCCGGCCUCCAGCUGGCAGGACUCCCUCUUCCUGUUUCUUGCCAUCUUCUUCUUUUUCUGGCUGCUCAGUAUUUGAGCUGUGUCUCCUUCCUGCCCACCUCCAGCCAGAGGAACAUCAGUAUUGGGGGUCCCUGCUGACCCUUCCUUACUCCCGGACCCUCCCCUGUAAGCCCUCCAUUUUUGUUGGCUAAGGGCAACCCUGGCCACCUUCCAGGAGAGUGUGGGGAGGAGGAGUGACACCUGUGCAUAGAAUGGGAGCACCUUUGCUCGGAACUGCUCGCUCAGUAGCAUCGUAACUCCCAGCUCUGGGAGAGGAGGAUGGACUGAAGACAAGGUCUGUCUCCCCUCUCUCCUGAUCCUUUGCUUCCCCCACCCAUUUCUCGAUUUGAUGUUGAAAGGUGGGCAAGGCUUCCUCUGACUCUCCCCCAUAUUCCCCUUGUUGAUUUAAUUUAAUUUUUCUCUCCCCGGUGUCUAAUGUGGGUCCUGACUCUUAAGUGCUUCCUUCCCCUCACUACCUCCUUUAUUACAAAUUCAAUAAACAAGGUGAGAUGUAUUCA